UAUAUAUACGGUUAAUUCCGUAGUCAUACAUUCAGUAUAACUACAAAUUACCAACAGUGCCAUCUCGUUGCACGUGCAAUUUAUAACGCAAUUUCGCAAUCAUGUACCGAUUAAUUUUUAUGUUUCUCGCUGUAACCAGCGUUCGGUCCACACUAGUAACCGUAAACGUGGAUACGUCGUCCGACAAAAUUCAGUUCGAUAAAUGCUCCAUCGUCUGCGGUCCCCUGUGUUCUGUUAUAUGUUCGCGUCUGCCAAUAAGUCUACCUACAGCUCUCUGCAAAAGUGUUUGCAAGCCACUGUGCGAAAAAUCGUGUCAGUCGGAUCCGAAAAUAGCAAUUACGAUAACGUACAAUCAUAACGACACUUAUGUGGAAGUACGUGAUUCGGAUUUAGACUCGGGAAAAUGGACCAAAGAUGAUUGUAAAAAGACAUCGUCUCCGGAUGGUUUGAAAAUCACAAAAGAUAAUCCGGUGACCAUUCGAGCGUGUGGCAAGGAUCUGUCGACGAAGGGUGUCAAAGGUUAUUUUUACCUGGCGCUCAAUAACGAGGCGGAAAAUGAUUACAAGGUGACAUUUAGCGUGCCGUCGAUGAUAACCGGUAAAACAAUUUUUCAUUUGGAUCCCCUUAAAAACGAUGGGCCUAUAAGUUGUGAGCCAGACGAGCAAGGCUCAAGUUCGAUUCCAUCUUCUAUCCGCUGUUUUAGAGUAAUAUGAUAACGUGCAACACUA